CGCGUGGCCCAGAUCACGCAGGCGGCUCGGGUGGGGGGGGGGCGGGACGAGCGGCCGCAGUGGCCGAGCCCCCCCCCCUCUCCUCGGUGGUGUGGGCCGGGCGGGGCCGCGCGGGGCUCGGAGGUUUCUCGCCGCUGCUCCUGCUCUCGCCGUUUCCGUCGCUCGGCCGUCGUAGCGAGCUCGUCAUGCUGCCGCUCCUUCCCUGUCUCCGCCGCGCGCUGCUCUCCGGCCCCUGGCAGGCGGGGCUUACAUGGCAGCGUGCUGCCUCUGUGAAGGUGACCAAUGAACCUGUCUUGGCGUUUACCCCAGGCAGCCCUGAGCGAACAGCCCUGCAACAAGCCUUGAAAGACCUGAAGAAUAAGACAGAAGCCAUUCCAUGUGUCAUUGGGGAUGAAGAGGUGUGGACCUCAGACGUGCAGUACCAGGUCUCGCCUUUUAACCAUGGACACAAGGUGGCCAAAUACUGCUAUGCUGACAAGGCCCUCCUCAAUAAAGCUAUUGAGGCUGCCCUAGCUGCCCGGAAGGAGUGGGACCUGCGGCCCAUCUCGGAUCGGGCCCAGAUCUUUUUGAAAGCUGCAGACAUUCUGAGUGGCCCCCGAAGGGCAGAGGUCCUCGCCAAGACCAUGGUUGGGCAGGGCAAGACUGUGAUCCAGGCCGAGAUUGAUGCCGCUGCUGAGCUAAUUGACUUCUUCAGGUUCAACGCCAAGUUUGCCAUGGAGCUGGAGGGCGAAGAGCUCAUCAGCGUACCUCCCAGCACCAACCGAGUGGUCUACCGAGGCCUGGAGGGCUUUGUGGCAGCCGUCUCUCCCUUUAACUUCACGGCGAUUGGAGGCAACUUGGCUGGGGCUCCGGCCUUGAUGGGCAACGUGGUGAUAUGGAAGCCCAGCGACACAGCCAUGCUGGCCAGCUAUACCGUUUACAAAGUCCUCCGAGAGGCCGGCCUCCCUCCAAACAUCAUCCAGUUUGUCCCAGCCGAAGGGCCCGUCUUUGGGGACACGGUCACCAGCUCGGAGCACUUCUGUGGGCUCAAUUUCACUGGCAGUGUGCCGACUUUUAAACAUCUAUGGAAGCAGGUGGCAAACAACCUGGAUCGUUAUCACACCUUCCCACGUUUGGCAGGAGAGUGUGGCGGGAAGAACUUCCAUUUCGUCCACAGCUCGGCAGAUGUGGCCAGUGUGGUGAGCGGGACGCUGCGCUCUGCCUUCGAGUAUGGCGGUCAGAAGUGUUCAGCCUGCUCCCGCCUCUAUGUUCCGGACUCGCUGUGGCCCAAGAUCAAAGAUCAGCUCCUGGAAGAGCACAGCCGGAUCCGAGUGGGAGAUCCUGUGGAGGAUUUUGGGACAUUCUUCUCGGCCGUCAUCGAUGCCAAGUCUUUUGGUCGCAUUAAGAAGUGGCUGGAGCAUGCCCGGUCCUCCCCCAACCUCAGCAUCCUGGCUGGGGGCCAGUGUGAUGACUCUGUGGGCUACUUUGUCCAGCCCUGCAUCGUGGAGAGCAAGGACCCGAAAGACCCCAUCAUGAAGGAGGAGAUCUUCGGGCCCAUCCUGACUGUUUACGUGUACCCAGAAGGCCAGUACAAGAAGACUCUGCAGCUGGUGGACAGCACCUCCCCCUAUGGCCUCACGGGGGCAGUGUUUGCUCAGGAUAAGAACGUCAUUCGGGAGGCCACAGAUAUGCUGAGGAAUGCAGCUGGCAACUUUUACAUCAAUGACAAGUCCACGGGCUCAGUGGUGGCUCAGCAGCCCUUUGGGGGCUCCCGGGCAUCAGGCACAAACGACAAGCCAGGUGGCCCUCAUUACAUCCUUCGCUGGACCUCACCCCAGGUCAUCAAGGAGACCCAUGCUCCCCUCGGGGACUGGAAGUAUUCCUACAUGCAGUGAGCCUUGGGAGCCUGCUCCCCAUCCGUCCCAACUACUGACUACUUGUCUGCCCGCACUGUUCCUUCUCCCCCACCUCCCAGCCCUGGGGCAGGGCUCAGCCUCUUGGUGGUGAUGUCCAUGCUCAUGCUCUCAGUGCCUGCCAGUUCUCCUAGCUCAGGCCAUGGAGGCCCCCAUCAUGAAUGAUGGGUUGGGCAGCAUCUGGAACGAGAUACCUGGGGAUGGAUUGUCCUGCCCUGCCCCUGACUCUAUGCUUUUUGCACAUCCCUGUCCCACCCACAGGGUUUUGUCCUCCAGGGCAAAUGUGGACUUAAUUUCUCUCACCCCUUAAGGGCUGUCACUGAAUUCUCACCAGAGCCUUAAGCACUUCAUCUCAGAAAUUCACCUUUAACUAAUGGUUCUUAGUGAUGGUGACCCACUUGCCUUGUUUCUCCCUCUUGGGUCUUUUCCUCUCAUAUAUGGAACCUGUUUCUCUGUUGGUAAAUGUAGAGCCUCCUUUCUCUCUCUCUAUAGGCCCUUCCUAGUCUACCUCAGCCCAGUCGGACGGGACCAGGGCCUAGGAUCUGCCCUCUCAGGCACUUUGGUGGCAGGCUGGGUGCAGACUAGGAAAUAGCCUAAGGGGUUCAGCUGGCUUCCUCCUUCUCCUUCCUUAUCUCUCUGGUUUGGUUGGGAGGGUGGGAGCAGGGCCUGUGCAGCCUUGUGCCCCAUCUUGUGGUGGCUGGAGUUUAGCUCGGGUCCCUUGGGCUCCUGGUGGCAGCCCUUCCAAGGAUGCCAGGUUCCAGCCACCUCUGGCCUUGAAGCGUGCUCACCCCUGGGGAUGGAGAAGCCCGUAAUGUGCCUACAGGGAGUUGGCCCAGCUCCUUGGGCUCCCACUUGUACGCCUGCUGCCCUUGGAAUUCCCUGACUUCCAAAUGCAGGCACUGGCUGAGCUUGGGUACAGCACUUCCAUCUCUCUGUGCCUUGGUUUCCUCACCAGACAGUUAUCCAGUUAGCCUGGAUCCAUCUGAUGCCGCCAGUCGGUCCCCCACUUGAUGGGUUCCCAUGUGAGGUCAGAGUGGGGUCCUGGGUAUUGAGUGGAUCCUGAGGUCUGAUUGGGCUUUUAGGCUACUUUGCUCCUGGGGGUGCAGUGGGAGUCAACAGAACGGCCGGUUUUGGUGUCCUCUGGAGUCUGAGAACACAGCGUCCUUGUUGGCCAUUCUGGGAUCGCCUCCCUAGCACGAGUCAGCCUGUGGGUCACGCUGGCCCGGGGGAGAAGGGACUCCUGUGGUUUUUGCUUCGGCCCGAGGGGGUCUUUUUCUGUGAUAGAGAUGGAGUGGAAGAAGAGCCUUGGCUUGGUUCUGGACUGCGGCUUGGGGCCUGGGUUUGUGCUGGGUGCUGCCCGCUGCCUAAUAAAAUCUGGGUGUUUGUGAGAGCCCUUCUGGAGGUGAGCACUUGUGAGGCAGAGCUGCCUGCUCCCUCCUGCAGGGCUGCGCCCAGGCUUAGAUGAGGAAACAGUGUUUAUCAAGCACUGCUGUGUCACAGAGAAAGGCCCCUGCCCUAUGGGAGGAAGCAGGAACCUUUUGGACAGUGUAGGACUCGGAACAGGAGAGUGGUUGUCAGAGGGUGGGCUGGGAGAGUUAUGUUGUUAUUGCAGACUUUAAAACAUUCUAGUAACAUCUUUAUUAUCAUAUGUAGACAUUAUGGUCACAUUGUUACAAUGAUUCAAAACUACUGUGAAAGGAUAAAAAAUGCCAUCCAUACCCAGAGAGAGAACUGGCUGUGUCUAAAUACAAAUUAAAGCAUAAUUUUUUUUCUUGAAGAUUUUUGGGGAGGUGGGAUGGGGUGUAGAUAUAUUUUCCUUUGCAACGUAACUUCUAUGGAAUUGUUUUAUACAACUUCACAUGGGCCUUCUCAAUGCGGGGGGUGACGAGGAACGGAGAGAAUCUGGAACUCAGAAUUUUAAAAACGUAAAAAAUACAGUUUUACAUAUAACUGGGGAAAAAUAAAAAUGUUAAAAACAUAAAAUUGUCUAUUACAUAUAUACACCACCCUCAAAAACAUUAGCUAUAGAGGACAGGAACUCUGAAAAAGCGUACUUGAAUCAACAACAGUAGACUGCUUAUAGUUAAGCGCCUAUUCCUUGUGAGAUAAUGGUUCUUUAAACAUACGCUUGAUGUGAUAUGGUGAUGUAAUGGUUGCACAUGCUCAGUUGCUGUAGUGCUGUAAUUGUAAUUUAAGGGCUGGAAGGACACAGAAGAGUCUGUUAGACACAGAGAAGGCUCCGGAUUCCAUUUUUGACCAGCCUCGUGGUGGCUCUCCUGCCUUCAUCACUUCACCUAAAGACAAAGGCCUAUCGAGAGGUCCUCCAGAAAGCUAGUCCAGUUAUUACAAUUAGCCAUAAAGAAAAAAAUUUGUUCCUAAAAAAGGGAAAAUAUACAUUUAGUUUCUCCCAAUUUUGUCAUAUUCUUUCAAGUCUAAAAACUUGAGUGUGUAUUCCUAGUGGCAAAAAAUUUUUAGCUGUGAACAGAGUUUUGAGAACAAUUGGCUUAGUGGAAUGUCAGCCGGGAGGGCCGUUAAAACCCAGGAUGUCAGAGCUGGGAGGCCCUUAGAAUCCUGAAUGUCAGAGCUGAGAGGGACCAUAGAACCAGGAGGUCAAAGUUGGGAGGGCCCUUAGAACCCAGAAUGUCAGAGCUGAGAGGGACCUUAGAACCCAGGAGAUCAGAGUUGGGAGGGCCUUUAGAACCCAGGAGGUCAGAGCUGGGAGGGUCUUGAUCUAAUUCAGCCACUGUUUAGGGAUGAGGAAAUAUCUGGAUGGGUUCAGUUACUCCUUCACAGGCACACAAUAUCAACUAGGAGGCAUCUUGGAUCCAGCAGUCAGACUUCCCUUCUAGAGGGAUCUGGAACGCUAUUCAGUGACUGUUGGUCCCCUAGCAGAGCUGAGCCUACAACAAUUUUCCCAAUGAUCUUGGCUGCUGUUUUUCUCCAAAGUUGCCUUUCAGCCAGCGAGGACAAGAGCUUUUCUGGGUGCAUGUUUGCUCAUCGCUAGUUCCUGCUCUGGUUUUCGUUCUUAUCACAGCCAAGUGUCCGUUGGGAGGGGCCCAACCUCCUGGAAAGCAGUCCUAAUGUGGCAGCCACUUUGCAUGUGUAUAAAGUAAAUCCCCAGGUCCCAAAAACCAAAGGAGUCUCUUCAUUUUCCUACUUCAGCUGAGGGGACCUGGGCAAGGACCAUUUGACUAUAAAUGGGUGUUUCUGCUGCGACUGUCACGCCUCAUGACCAUGACAGGCGGGGCUCCUGUAAGGAAAUGAAGAGGGCACCUGCAUCAGCUUCUUUCAGGAGGGAUGGCCAGAGUGAUUCUUGGGAACUGGGGCCCAGCAGGAGAGGGGAAGGUGGAGGAUCACAGGUUGGACGGAACUCAAUGCCCAUCUGUUUUUUGCGAUAGAAUUCCUUCCUUUGUCCAAAGACCCCUGAUAAAAGGAGACUCUGAACUGCCAAAACUUACGGUCAGACACACUGAGAUCUUGUUUUGUUUUGCUUGACUAUGUUACCAAAUGAUAAAAGUUCACAUUUAUAUGA